CGUCUUGUUCAGUAACGUGCAAUCUGAUGAACUUAAAGCUCCCGGAAACCUUUUAAUAAUCAACUGGACUGAGGCAUGGUAUUGAUUAAUGGACCUGUUGACCUAUGGAUCUGAAAUAGACUACAUAAACAGUAGAUAUUAAGACAAUAUUAACCAGCAUACAAAACAGGUUAAGUCAACAUAUACAGUUUUUUUUCAUAAAUUCAAAUAGUGUUCGUGUGUCACCCAGUUUAUAAUCCAUGUUGUUGGGAUACAGCUUUAAUUAGUCCACAUCCAGAGCAAUAUACAGGAGCAAUGCAGGUGAACUUUCUUGCUCUAGAACAAAAAUAUCUUUCACCUUGCCGGAUAAGGGAUUCCAAGUAGCAACUUUUCAGACACUGGUCAGAUGCCAUAGCCGCUAGUCUAUCUGUCUCCCCAGAUGACCAGGACUCUAAAUCACUUAUUGACAGGUCGCAAGACAGAUGGAGACUGCAGCAAGUUCAAGUCAAAGCUGUAGCUAAUGUCAAGGCAAAAAAAGGGGCUGGCCUUUACAAUCUGUGUGUUGAAGUUAAUUGGACAGUUAGGCCGUACAUGUUACCCUGGUCACUGAGGAUGGCCUAGUGUUGUCCACUGUGGGUAGCGACCGCAAAGUGUACUUUAAGAGGAACAUUAAAUUACCAUUAUCCACGGAGGUGAAGCAAACUUUGUGAAGAAUAGCCGCAAUGGAAAAGCAAAGGUGUGACGUGGCUGUGACUCUGUCCCUGUGUGAUGAUGAGGAGGACCAGAUUCAGGAGGAGAAUGGUUCUUUUAUGGUUGAAGACAAAAAAUGUGAGGGCAAAAAACACGGAGACUUGGAGAAUACAGAGGAAGAAUGUGAGAUAUCAAUCAACCAGGAGAAACGAGAUGUUCUGAUAUCUCACAAGGACAGCCUGGCUGACUUUGAAGUCCCCCUGAAUUUAAAUGUAGACAAGUCUGGACAUCUGAGGCUAGAGACAAUAGAGGAUUUUCAGAAUGUUCUACAACUGAGAAAGUUGAAGAAGAGAGCAAGAAAAGAACAAGUUUGCAAGCCAACACCCCCAGCAGACAUUGUGCCUUACUAUGUGGAUGAGGAGGACUUCUUCAAGGCCUGCGAAUUGGACAAACUGCCAUUGAUUGAGAGAUAUCUGGAAAAAUUUGGAGAUGUCAACGCUUGUGACAAAUUCAGACGUACAGGCCUGCACAGAGCUUGCACACAUGGGCAUGUCAAUGUUGUCAAGAGGCUACUGGAAGCCGGAGCUCUAAUUGAGAACAAAGACAAGCUUGAUGCUACCUCUGUCCACGCUGCCUGCCGAGGUGGCAGUAUGCCUGUGUUAGAACUGCUGCUGGACUACAAUGGCAGCUUCUCUGACAGAGAUAAGCUGCUCAGCACUCCCCUUCAUGUUGCAGUGAGAACUGGACACUUUGAAUGUGCUGAACAUCUGGUCCACUGUGGAGCAGAUGUCAAUGCCAAAGACAGGGAAGGAGACACUCCCAUGCAUGAUGCAGUGAGACUGAACAGAUUCAAAAUGAUCCAACUACUACUGCUUCAUGGAGCCUAUCCAAAACUCAAGAAUUGUGAUGGGAAGUCACCAUUGGAUUGCACUCUGGAGUGGCAGAGUGGGGCCAAGUCCAUACUCAGCAACUGCAAGGAUGAUGCAAAAACUCCAGUCAAGUCCAGUUCAAUUAAGUAGCACUUUAUACUGGUGUCUGAACCUCA